AUGGCCUGUCGUCCACUUUCGCCGCAGCCACAGGAACCCUCCCCCCUCCCUGCGGAUGUUUACUUUAAAUUCCACCGUCUGAAUUCCGUCACUUUGAGGAUUUACACCGGAAAGAUGGCUUCCAAAGGCAAAAAACACAGAGCUAUGGAUGAUGAGGAGUGGAUGUCCCGUCUGUGUAGGUUUGCUGGUGAAGGGGUCUGGCCCGCUGAGGCAGGAAACCGGCCAGCGCCACGCCAGAAAGAGUGGCACGCUCUGUUUCUGAAGAUUAAGAAAUGCCCAAUGCAGCUCAGGGGUCAAUGGUCUCUGUCUGGAGGGACACCGACAUGUAACUGUGGUUUCCAUAUAAAGAAGCCAUCAGUCUCUGUGUCAUCUUCGGUGAAACCACAACCAGGACCCUCAUCUGCAUCCUCCUCCAUAACCCCUGGGCAGCCACCACACAAGCCCACUUUGACUUUGGCAUCAAGAGUGUCAACUGCCACCUCCUUGGAUACCUCCUCUGCUCCUCCUGCCCCUGUGGACUCUGCCUCUGAUGAAUGUGUCUCCUCUGCUGCAACAUCUGUGGCUGGUCCCUCAGCCCAUCCUAGCCCUGACCCUGAGUCACUGGCCGGACAUCAGGUGUCUGAUGCUGCUGAUGUAGGUUCAGAGCCUGGCUGGCUGCCUGCAAAGCUGAGGGAAACUAUACCAGCUCAGGACCAGAAAUGGAUUUCAGCAGCUCUGUGGAAGCACCAUCGUUUGCGCUCUGACCUGAAGCUGUGGUAUGAGCCACCAUCACCAGCGCUCAUUUAUCAUCAGGUCCCCACUCCAGAGCGCUUUUUUACCCACCGGCUUCUCCUAUGGAUGCCCUACCACCUGUGGAAGGUGAGGCUGUCCUGUCCUGUUUGUAGCGAACAGCUCACAGGCUAUAAAGCCCACGAGAGAGCCCGCCAGGUUCUGGAUGUGGACACUUUUUACCUGUUGAUAACUGAGACCCUGUGGUGCAGUGCAUGCGACACCAGUUACAUUUCCACCAGCAAGCCAAUAUUGGACCAACUAGAUAUGCCACACAGGCUGGAGUUCAGACUGAUCCUGACUCAAAGAUAUGCUUGUGACAUACGGGUGAUUCGCUCUUUGAAGAAGAGGGCCCUGGGUACCAGCCCCUCCCGAUUGGUCAGGCAGCUGAGGGAAGACCACAGUGAGGAGUGGAUUAAGUUCCUCUACCGGUACUUUGCUGCAUGCACAGACUUUGCUGACCGACAAUGCCUGCUCCCUGUCAAGUUCCAGGAGCCGCCUGAGCCAGUAGCUAUCCUCUCUCACAGGUGGAUGCUAACUGUGUAUGGCAGAGACAUUUUGAACAGGCUGGACCUCAUCAAAGCAAAAAUUACAUGCACCUUUGGAAGUGUCCUAAAAAUGGACUCCACCAAAAAGAUCACCAAGAAGCUGUCAGGCUUGGCAGAGGGGACGGCCUUGUGGCUUACAUCUGUGAGCAAUGAGGUGGGCCAAAUCCUCAUCAGUGUGCUGACUGCUCAGGAGGGUCCAGCUGUGGACAUCAUGGCAGCUGAUCUCAUCCGGAGACACAGCAAUGCUGGUGUGGCCCCUCCUCAGCUACUGUAUGUCAACACUGAAUGUUGUCGUGAGGGCACGGUACAGACCAAACUAAAACAACGAUUUGGAGGGUGGCCAGACCUCAUUGUGAGGUUAGACAUUUACCACUUCAUGAAGCGACUGGCAUCUGGCUGUACAAAGGAUGCUCAUCCUCUCCACCCCACCUUCAUGGCCAAAUUGUCCAGCUGCAUCUUUAAGUGGGACAGCGGAGAUGUUGCCUUGCUGCGGCGAGCCAAGCGUGCACAGCUGGUACGUGAAGGUGUACCGGGCAUUACUGACAAAAUGGUAGACCUUCAGAUCACCAAGGGGGAACUGGCCAUGCACUGCAGAAGGCAGACAAGAGGAGAGCAGAAGACAAUCACCUCUAUUGAAUGCCUGCUCAAUGAGCUGAUGGGGGUGAAGGGCAAAGACUCUCUUGGUGUCCCUCUGUUGGACAAGGAGAGGAUGCAGCACAUUUGGCAUGUCCAGAGGAGGCAUGUAAAGUGCAUUCAGGAUGUACCGGGCGUGCUUCUCUAUACCCAGACGGACACCACAACCAAAGCGGGCAUUGUUCUGCCAAACUACAGGUGUGCUCGAGGGUCCACAUCAGUUGAGUCCUUCCACUUACACCUGAACAGGUUCAUUCCAGGGACGAGUGCCAACAGCCUUAAUUUCCAGCUGUACCUCCUGGAAGGGCUUAAUCGGUGGAACCAGGACCGUCAAGCUGCAUCCCUGGCAGGCAAGACUCCCAGAUCCUCAGGGGAACUCCCUCACUGUGUCAACACCAACAGUGUCAAGGUGCAAGGAAGGAAAGUUGUGCCCUCUUUUCAGCCCCCUGCUGUUUACACUGGGGAGCUAAUAGGUAUUGAUUACCUGUACCGUCAGACCGGAAGGCCCCUGCAGGAUGUACGUCCUGACUCUGAGGAGACCGACCAGAUGCUGGAGGAUGUCUGCGCUGAAGAACAGCUGGAAGAUGAGGGCUUUGAGGAUGCUGUCUUGGACCCGACCAUUGAGCGGCUGGACCUGUCCUCAGAUCCGUCACCUACCAGCUUUUCAGCUCCCUCUUCUCUCCACCCUACUGCUGCUCCUCCUGGGCCUGGAUGUAGCUCCAGUGCAGCAGCUUCUGAGCAUCAUCUGAUUAAGACUGAGGACACAGAAAUGCCCACUUGCCCAUCAGCCCCUCCUGCUGGUUCUCUACUCCCGAGUUCCAUCAGGCUUUCAGCAGCUGUUUCUCUUGCUGUAAAGGCUGAUCCAUCAGCAUCCCCACCAGUCACUCCUGCUGUAGAGCGGCGGGCUUUGGAUUUUCCGAACAGGGUGUUGCCUGAAAAGGCAGUGGGCAAGAGGAAGUCUGUUCCUCCACCCGUACACCCUCAUCCUCCAAAGGCUAUCUGCCCCGGAUUGCCUUCUGUGAGGCAGUUGGUCAGACAGCAGACACGUCCACUUACCUCUGCCCCUAUGCCCGUUGUCCCCCCACCCAUCCCUUUCAGUGGCCCAUUUGUUUUUUUGCCGCCACAAGUCCCUGCAUUCAGGUUGCUUGCUCCCGCUGGCCCCCUCCCCAUCCAAACUCCUGCCCGAAGACGGUACAGGACAGGAGACAAAAACAAAUGUGGUCAGUGUCACAAGCCCCGGGUACAGGAAACUGGCCAUCGUCAAUAUUAUGGCUAUAUAUACUGUCCUUUUAAAACUGACAUACCACAUGACCAGUGGCUGGAGGACAUGAGGAGGAAGAGGGCAGCAAAGAAAUGAUUUCAUUCUGUAAAUAGUGUAAAUAAUGUAUGUAUAUAGUUUUAAAAGAAAGUGUUGCUGCAAUAGUUCAGUAUUUUUUAUCUUCUAAUGCUUU